GCCUGCUUCGCGUCCAUCGUCGCCUGCUUCGUCUUUCUCGGCCCCGCUCCGUCUCAGUAGACCAUGGCUUCAUACCCCGCAGGCCUCUCGGUCGACAGCCUCGAGCUCAACCCUGCCUCGUCCAGUUCCCCACCACCUCUCCAGGACGACCAAUGGAGUGACGCUCCGGACACCAUGGAGACCGACUACGAACGAGAUGCGAUAGAGGAAGUCGAUGAGCAUCCCGAGGAUCUGACCGUCCAAGGACCCAAGGUGGUCUCCUCGGAUAAAACCCAAACUCAUGACAUCGCGACGCCCUCUCCUACCGUCCUCGACCCUCCCACCCCCCAGGAACGUGCUUCUGACGCGGACGCCACGAGUGUACAUAGUAUGCCUGUCGUGCAGGUCACGGAGCCCACCAGUCCAACGUUACCGGCUACUCCUCGCAGCGUAUCCUCAGCACACUCUACAGUGCCUAAUAGCGCCAACCUGGCACCUCUCUCUGCCGCCGAUAGACGGCGUCGCAACCGAGCCACUCUCGAUAAUCGCGCAUCGAACCGCUUCUCUGGCUUCUUGUCAAAUCUCAUUCACCGUAGAGACCAUCCGCCAAACCCCGCACCUGAGCCUGCUCCUCCCUCUCCCUCGCCUGCAAAUCAGUCGUCUCGGGCGUCUUCACCAGCACCUGCACGACCAUCGACACCACCACCGCAGCUUCCACCACCGUCAUUGGACGACCUUGGUCUCAGCAUCGCUUCUCUGACGGCCCAUCUCUCGCCGGCCCACUUCAGCACGCCUCCAACGAGCGGAGCCUUCCUCGCGCCCCAUUAUCUCCUGCUGUGCCAUUCACAGGGCUUGGAUGUUCUCCCGCUCGUAUCGCCCCCAACACUUCAACCAUAUGCCUUGGUACGAAGAGCGCCCUUCAAGAGCGUCGUGGUGAUGGAGCAUCGUGGCGUGCUUGUUGCCAUCGCGGGUCGCAGAGAUGGUGUCCGGGUAUAUGCUUUGGAAGAGAUCCGAAGAAUGGUAGAGUGGCGGAUGGACGUCGAGAUCAGGCGCGAGCGGGAACGGGCACGCCGGGAGGAGACGAAGCGACCGAUGGCGGCCAUCACGUUCUUCAACCACGACGAGCCGGAGCAGAGGGGAUCCACGGACAAACGUCCUACGACGGCAAUCAUGCCGCCGACCACGGUGAACGACAAGAAAGCUACCAAUCGGCGAAGCUCCGUGUCUGUCAUGCCGCCUGGGCAACCUCGCCCGCCCGUCAUUAGGACGCCGAAGCCAAAGACUCCUACUCGGCAGCCUCCGCAGCCCGAACCCGCUGGACCGCCGCCUGCUUACACGCACUCACCUCCGCGCGAGCGCGAGGCUAUUGCUCUUCCCACCUCUCGUACACGCUCGCGGGCUACCUCGGUUAGCGAGGUCCUUGCCGGGACCGUCUCGCGACGCCAUACGUUGACUAAUAUCAACGGUGAAACCGAGCACCAGGACGACACGAAAGGUGAUUGGGCCUCGAGUGACGAUGAAGCUAUCAAUGUCAUGACUGCCCCCAGCGGGAGUCAGGCUCUGGACGAACGGACGAGCGCAAUGGGUGGGUCUGCAUCUGGCCCACCAUCCAGUCCAACUACUCGCCUAGACAUGGCGCGAUCACAAACGGCCCCGUCGAUCAACGCCCGAUCCUCCAAUCGUCGAAGUAGACCUGCCAACCUAGAUCUCACGUUGACUCGCUCGAACACCACGGCCACUGUGAUUCCCGUUCCGCCUCCUUCUCCUACGCCUACUCUUCUGACGCUUCGUCAGGCCCUAAGCACUCAUAGCAGCCCUCUGACUGGAGGUGGAACCAUGUCUCCCGGCGGCGAUGCCGACGCGGAUGCUGAUGCCGACGCCGACGCUGAAGAGGACGAAGACGGGGAGCCUGCACCGUCCUCCCCAACUACGCCGACUCGCGAACGUAUCACGCUAGCGGAGGCUUUGUUCGAGAGCCGUCUUCCGGAUAUCGGCCCCCCUGGUGCUGAGCAACCGCAGGAGCCGAUUCUUAUUGACUCCUCCAGCUAUGUCGAAGGUGGUGCGCCCUCAAGUCCUAGGACCUCGGAGUCACAUUCGACGCAUACACGGCGGAGCACCGGCGAGGCUAACAGGCGGCGGCGGAGAUGGUCUGUCCUUGGUGGCGUUUUUUCGGCUACGUCGGGCCAGUCGCAGUCAUCCAUCCCGUCGCUUCCGGAGCUCAGCCAGGCCAUGAUCGAGCCUACCAGCGUCCCAGAGAUGCGCGAAAGGAGACCGAACGUGCUUUCCCGCUCACAAUCUGGUCGAAUCCAGCCCUCUGCUUCCACCGCCACCGUCACCCCUUCUCGGUCAAUGACGCUGAGGAGACCAUCGACGUCGCCUGGCCCGGUUCGUUCAUCUGCCAACCAACCUGCUGCUGAUCAGCCUCCUCCGCCGCUGCCUCCUCCUCUCCCUAUGCCGCCUGUAUCCGGGGGCAAUUCGCAUUCGCGAUUCUUGCCCCGUAUACUUUCACAGGCCCUGGCACGGCGAUCGGACGAUGCUCCCCUUCCACGUAUGGCUGGGAACGCUUCUGAUAAGUCUACCAACUUGCCCGCCCCGGCUCACGCCCCUGCGCCCAAGUUGGAGUACGUGAAGCUUCCAGGUACCAAGGGCGCCGUAGCAGUCAAGGCCGUGGAAACCGCGAAGAAGAGCUUCCUGGCCAUUCUUUGCGGGGAUAACGGCGAGAAAGUGGAGCUGUUCGCUGGCACUUAUCGGACCGCUCUCGGGCUUUCGCGCACGUUCAUUCUGCCUGAUUCGCCACGCUCUCUUGAGCUACAGCUCCAGGGCGAUGACCUAGUGGAGGUCUUCUUGGUGUUCUCCCAGAAUGUCUUCGGUUUGGAGCCUGCGACCGUGCGGGUUCGAGAAGUCAGGAUCGGGCGUGCAGAGCGAAGAGCGGCACGGCGGCGAGCUCGCGAGAAUAUGUCUGGGCGGACAGGUGACGCCGACACGGAUGGCGGAGCUGCCAACGGUGAAGAGGAGACUUCGGUAAGCGUCACGAUAGGUGUCGCGGUCACUCCUCCCGCCGCGGACGACCCACCGACCCCUGGUCCUGGGCUUGCCUCGCCGCCGUCGGAAACUACAUCCCAGGUCCAGCUGGACACCGCAAGCACGACUGCAGCCUCUGCGGACGAGCUUGUGGCCGUUGCGGCUGCACAAGCCAGCCCGUAUAGUACAUUCCAGCAGCUAUCGUUCGCACCGAACUUCCCUCUGGCCACGAUUGCAGACGAGUACAUCAUCCCACCGACGUAUCGGUCUUUCUUGGAGUACAGGAAUCAGUUCGAGCCCGAGGCCAAUGGCGGCACGAAUGUGGACCUGUCACAGGUCCAGUUCUCUCCUCCAGGAUUGCCUGUUCCUACCCCCGCACCUCCAUCGAAAUGGUUCUACCGCGACCCCAAGGGUGUAAUCCAUGGUCCAUGGAAGGCGUCACUCAUGCAGGCAUGGUACCGCGACGGCCUGCUACCUCCCGAUCUCCCCGUCCGGAGGGAAGAGGAUACAGAGUAUACCCUGCUGAAAGACCUGCGGCUGCAAUGCGUCGACCCCUCCCAUCCAUUCCGCUCAUCACCUCCACCUCCUGCCCUCUCCGCCACCCCUAUCAUCCCUGACUCAACGAAACCCCUUCUCCUCCCGCAGUCUCUUCUGACGCAGCCUAAACACUUUGGCCCUCCUGCGCUUUUCUUUUCGUCGCGUGGCGGCCACAGUACUACGAUCGUCGACUCCCGUGGCAGAUCGGUGCUCAAGGGGCGCUUCGUCUGGAGCGCAGACGACGACGACGCGCAGUUUGUCGGGUCAACCAGUCGACUGGGAGACGUGAAGCGCCUGGAGGCGUUCGACGUGAGGGAUCGCGCAGUCCUCGUUGCGAUGCGUCAAGGAGGCAUCGAAGCAGUGGACUUUGGCGAUGCGCUCUUGCGACCUGCAGACCAUUCCCGCACCAUCUUGCCCCACUUCCAUCCCUCAUCAUCUACUGUCAACCGCCGGGAACCCUUCGUGUGGAAGAUCGGCACCCCGAUCGAGGCGCAGCGCUCGCCAAUAUCCUCCCUGCCCACUCCACCGCCCACAGCGGCUGUCACCUCGAAGUCAGUACCGCGGAAGAAGCUCAGCACGGGGCCGUCGAAGUCGCCGGGACGUCCAGAGUUCAUGAUGUCCGGCGACGGCGACCCAGAGCACCUGCACGACGAGCUCAUCUUCCUCGGCCGGCGGGACAACGAGAUGUACCUGUGCGAGAAGUCCGCGAGCUCGUUCCGGAUACUCAAGCUGUCCCCGAGCGAGGGGGCGUCAUAGCAUUGGCACCGCCCUCCUGCUUUCAUGAUCACGCUCUCUUUCCCUCCUCUCUAGCUCUAGACGACGGACGCCGCCCCCCGCAUAUGAUACCUGCUGUAUUUUCUAGCGCACGCUGUGAACACGUUGGUCGUCGUCACUCAUCGCAUGCACGGCGUAUCGCACAAUCAAAGGAUACUUUCGUAAUGGCC